AAGGCGCGGCUCAAGAUGGGUCACAAAGUGCGUGUGGCGGUGGCCACCCUCAACCAGUGGGCCAUGGAUUUCCAGGGAAACUUUGAGCGCAUCGCACAGUCGAUCAGCAUCGCGGAGGAAAAUGGCGCCACCUAUCGGACUGGCCCGGAACUGGAAGUCAGUGGGUACAGCUGCGAGGAUCACUUCCACGAGCCAGACACAUACAUGCACUGUUGGGAGGUUCUGCUCGCGAUCAUAAAUGAGUGUGAAUCGACCCGGAUGUUGAUCGACGUCGGUAUGCCGGUGCAGCACCGUAACGUGACGUACAACUGCCGAGUGGCGUUCUACAACGGGCGCGUCGUGCUGAUCCGGCCCAAGAUGAUCAUGUGCGACGAUGGCAACUACCGCGAGACGCGUUGGUUCUCGCCCUGGACGAAAGAACGCCAGACGGAGGACUACCAGUUGCCGCGGUUCGUUGCGCUCGCGCUUAACCAAGAAACGGUGCCGAUAGGUGACGCGGUCAUCGCCACACUCGACACCUGCCUGGGGUAUGAGAUCUGCGAGGAGCUGUGGAACCCGCGCAGCAAGCACAUCGACAUGUCACUCGCCGGUGUCGAGAUCAUCGUGAACGGGUCGGGUAGCUACAUGCAGCUACGCAAAGCGCACAUCACCACCGAUCUGAUCCGGAACGCGAGCUAUAAGGCGGGUGGUGCGUACCUGUUCAGCAACCUGCGCGGUUGCGAUGGCCAGCGGGUGUAUUUCAACGGUUGUUCGGCUGUCGCGCUAAAUGGUGCCAUCAUCGCACGCGGCCGCCAGUUUGCGCUGAACGAGGUCGACGUGACGAUCGCUUCGUUCGAUCUGCAGGACAUCCGGGCGUAUCGAGGUGCCCUACGGUCGCGCAGCUCACUUGCCGCUGCCACACCGACCUAUCCGCGCGUGCAGCUGAUGUGUGAGCUGGCCGAACUGGACCGGCAGCAUCCGGGUUCGCCCGUUAGCAGCCCUCUCGAGGAAUGGGUUUACCAUCGGCCGGAAGAGGAGAUCGCUCUCGGGCCGGCCUGCUGGCUGUGGGAUUAUCUACGCCGGUCCGGACAGGGUGGUUUCUUCCUGCCGCUGAGUGGCGGUGUCGAUUCCAGCAGCACCGCCAUCAUCGUCUACUCCAUGUGCCGGCUGGUGGUGGAAGCGAUCGAGGAGGGUGACCAACGGGUGCUUGAGGACUGCCGUAAGAUCCUUGCCGAACCGCUGUACAUACCGAGCAGUGCCACGGAGCUGUGCGGUCGAUUGCUGUUCACCUGCUACAUGGGCACUGAAAACUCGAGCCGAGAGACCCGUGACCGGGCGGCGACCCUAGCAUCCCAGCUGGGCAGCUUUCAUCUUGACAUCGGCAUCGAUAGUGCAGUGCGUGCGCUGUUGUCUAUUUUCCAGCUGGCAACGGGUAUGCUACCUCGGUUCCGAGCAUCCGGAGGCUGUCCCCGACAGAACCUAGCCCUACAGAACAUCCAAGCGCGGACGCGGAUGGUGCUGUCGUACCUGUUCGCGCAGUUGAUGCUGUGGGUGCGUAACCGACCCGGUGGGCUGCUCGUGCUGGGAUCGGCCAACGUCGACGAGGCGCUGCGUGGGUACAUGACCAAGUACGACUGUUCGUCGGCGGAUAUCAACCCGAUCGGUGGCAUCUCAAAGGUGGACCUACGCCGGUUCCUGCUAUACGCCCAGACCGAGUUUGGGUUGCCGAUUGUGGCGGAUAUAGUGGUCGCACCACCCACGGCCGAGCUCGAGCCGCUCGUUGAUGGUGCGAUUGCGCAGACGGAUGAGGAGGACAUGGGUCUCACCUACCAGGAGCUGAGCGAUUUUGGGCGCCUUCGCAAGCAAGCCUUCUGCGGUCCGUUCAGCAUGUUUUGCAAGCUGGCCGCGUCGGUGGGCACCGACGGCAGCGACCGCACCGUGAAGGACGUCGCUGAUCGGGUGAAGCACUUCUUCCGUUGUUACGCCAUCAAUCGGCACAAGAUGACGGUGCUGACACCGUCGUAUCACGCGGAAUCGUACAGCCCCGACGACAACCGGUUCGAUCACCGACCGUUCCUGUACCGCGCCAACUGGAACUGGCAGUUCCGGGCGAUCGAUGCCGAAAUGAGGCUACUCACAGCACACCAGGCGCGGCUCGAGGAAGAGCGGCCGCUGCUGACCACCAUGCCAACGGCCACCAGUCAGCCAAACUUCGCCACCAGCCCAAUCGAACGAUUGGACUACGAUCCGUUUUUCCUCUUCAAUAAUGCUGACAACACCGACGUUGGCAGUGCUGCAGGUGCACACCAGCUCGUCCACCAGACGAGUGGUCUCUACCUGCCGGGGAGAGGUGACACCUCCACGGGUCAGCUUACGAUGGGGCUGACCAAAUCACACAGCAGCGGCGGAUACAGCCGGAUGCACUCGAGCGUAAUGGGGAAGAUUAAGGACCGCACCGGCGUGCCUGUUUAAGAUUGAUGCUGGAGCAACAGCAGUACAUGGAGCCGGUGACAUUGCACACACACACACACACACAUCGCCUGCGAGUGCCCAACACACCAGCCAACCAGCCUGCCGAGGGGGAAAAGAAAGUAAAAAAUGAUUACACUCAGCACCAAACAC